AUGAAGAAGAUGCUCGUAGCUGCUGUGUCCCGCGUGUUGUCCGGUGUCGCCCAGAAGCCUGCUAGUAGAGUGCUGGUGGCGUCCUGUAACUAUUCCAAUGAUGCUACGUUUGAAAUUAAGAAAUGUGAUAUUCAUCGGUUGGAAGAAGGCCCCCCUGUCACAGCAGUGCUCACUCGGGAGGAUGGGCUCAAAUACUACAAGGUGAUGCAGACCAUUCGCCGAAUGGAACUGAAGGCAGAUCAGCUCUAUAAACAGAAAUUCAUUCGUGGCUUCUGUCACUUGUGUGAUGGUCAGGAGGCUUGCUAUGUGGGCCUGGAGGCCGGGAUAAAUCCCACCGACCACAUCAUCACAUCCUACCGGGCUCACGGCUUCUGCUACACUCGUGGACUCUCUGUCAGAUCAAUUCUUGCAGAGCUGACAGGACGAAGAGGAGGCUGUGCUAAAGGGAAAGGAGGAUCAAUGCAUAUGUAUUCCAAGAACUUCUACGGGGGCAAUGGCAUUGUGGGCGCUCAGGGACCCCUGGGAGCUGGGAUUUCUCUGGCCUCUAAAUAUAAAGGAAAUGACGAGAUCUGCUUGACUGUGUAUGGGGACGGUGCUGCCAAUCAGGGUCAGAUAGCUGAAGCUUACAAUAUGGCAGCCUUGUGGAAAUUACCGUGCGUUUUCAUCUGUGAGAAUAACCGCUAUGGAAUGGGCACAGCUAUUGAGAGAGCGUCAGCCAGCACCGAUUACUACAAGAGAGUAAAUUUUAUGCCUGGACUAAGGGUAGAUGGAAUGGAUGUGCUGUGUGUUCGGGAGGCAACUAAGUUUGCAGCCAACUAUUGUAGAUCUGGAAAGGGGCCCAUAGUGAUGGAGCUGCAGACAUACCGUUACCAUGGACACAGUAUGAGUGAUCCUGGAGUCAGUUACCGUACACGAGAAGAAAUUCAAAGUGUAAGAGGUAAGAGUGAUCCGAUUAUGCUUCUCAAAGAUAAAAUAGUAAACAGCAACCUCGCCAGUGUUGAAGAAUUGAAGGAAAUUGAUGUUGAAGUGAGGAAAGAAAUUGACGAUGCAGCCCAGUUUGCUACAACUGAUCCUGAACCAGCCUUGGAAGAAAUAGCCCAUCAUAUCUACAGUGACAAUCCACCCUUUGAAGUUCGUGGUGCAAAUCAGUGGGUCAAGUAUAAGUCCAUCAGUUAA